AUGACUCGAAAACGCCAGGAUGAUCUACCUUGGCCAGCAAGUACAAGGUCCAACAAAUGGCUUGGGCAAAAGGAUCCAACAUUGGUCAUUACAGUCGUUAUAGCUACAACACUCAUCGCAACACUAAUCAACAAAUGGUUAACCACAAGCACAGAAUACAAGUUUCCUUUUCCUUAUUUUGUCAUAUUCUUCCAAGUUUGUGUGGGAUGGAUGGGGAUGAUGGUGUGGCGACUAUUAGGUAGCAUAUUGCCAGUUUGGGCAAGAGCACCACUAUUUUGGAAUACAAAUCUUCGUAGUUUAGUUCCUCUAGCCUGCCUUCACACUACUGUUCUUUACUUCAGUCCUAUCUUUCUACAACAUGUUCAGAUCACAAAUUAUGCUUUUGUACGCUCUCUGUCGAUACCAGCAACAUUGGCGAUCCUUUCUCUGUACGGAACACCAGUUCCUAGACAGACCACAAAAAUAUCUGCUCUACACACACUUGGAUUCCUGGUUGGGAUCCUGGAUGAUCUUCAUUUUUCAUUAGAAGGAGUUUUUUUCGGUGUCAUAUGGGCCAUACUACUAGCAUUGUAUGGGGUGUGGAUCAAACAACGCCUUCCAUCUGUUGGAAAUGAUGUGAGUCGAUUAUUGUUUAGUUUGACAGUAAUUGCUAUUGUUCCUUGUGGGUUGGUAGUAUUUUUGUCGGGAGAAUUGGCGCAUAUUGGCUCAGUAUAUUUCUUAUCUCAUCCUGGAUUUUGGUUACAAUUGAUCAUCACUACCAUCACAGGCUUCAGUGUGAACAUUGCGAUGCUUUUGUUGAUCAAGUAUACAUCUCCUUUAACACACUGUAUCACUGUCACUUCAAAGAUGUAA